AACACUAUCCACUUGCAAUUUUAAUUCCACAUCACAAAUUGACUUCAUUAAUAUUUCUUGAAUUUCAAACACAAUCCCAACACAGAAAUAAUCAAGUUAAUGGCCCAUUCACUAGCCACAACUCCAGCUGCUGUAAUUUCUGUAUCAUCUUCUUCAUCCAAAUCUAAGAAGAAAGCUACCCCAUUUCCAUCUCUAGGAUUUCCAACAGUUUCGGCUUCCCAUUCAGAUUCUAACAAUCUCAUCAACCGCAGGAAUGUGUCAUUAAGUUUGGCAAGUGUGUUGUUGAGCUCAACCGUCGCUGACCGGAGUGCGAAUGCAGCAAGAAGGCCACCACCUCCACCGGCGGCGGAGAAAAAGGACCCGAAUGUAAAUGGGGUGCUAGCAAAGGUGUUGGCAAGCAAGAAAAGGAAGGAAGAAAUGAAACAAUCUAUAGCCAAGCUAAGAGAGAAAGGGAAGGUCAUUGAACCACCUAAACCUAUGGCAAAUCAACCAUCUGCAUCUGAAUAGAAGUUACUAUCAAUUUAUAUGAUACAUAAUCAUGUCCCUGCCUUAUAUUGCAUGCUAUGAAUAAAUUUAUUUGAGUUGAAGGAAAAUUAUAUAUUCUAAUAAUAGUGAGGAAUUUAACACCA